AUGCUUCAUCAAAGGGUUUCCAGCUUCUAUGAAGCCUUAUUCUUUCUGUCAUAUGUCAUUUUUCCAUUCACUGUUGUCCUUUUAAAUUCUCAAGCUCGAUGCUCCUCAUCCCUGAACAAACGUACAAUACGAUUUCCAUACGGUGCAGAAGACCUUGUAAGAUACGGAAUCAUAAACACACCAGACCAGUGGACGAACAGUCGUCUCUAUCCGACUGCCACGCAACCAAUCAUCCCGACAGAAGAUGUCCGGGCCGAAGCUCCUGGUACUAAGCGAAGGAAAUUGGACACGUCAGUGCUGUCCGAGUGGGAUUUUGGUAAAGAAGAAUUCGAAGUAGAAAGACACCCCAGCAAACUAACCAGAUCACGAACAUUCCCACCACGCCGAUCGCCUAACUAUGAAGAACCAUCUCACCAGAUCCUCUCGAGUGAAAUGGACCGAGGCAUGGUGUUCAAGGCAUACCCGAAAUUUCGCUCACUCGACCCUCAGCAUCUGAAAGAAAUCACCACAGAAAGGGGGCCGAUGAAAGCGUUGGAAGUCGAGGAUCUACCUAUUGAAGCGUUGUCAAUCACUUCUGAGAAAGAAGACUUGAGAAAAUCUAUACAAACAGCUCUUGACAAGUUAACAUAUAAUUUACCCAGUCUCGAAUUCAUUAAGCUAGACUCCCCGCAAUUAAAACAUCUGGAAAUAUAUGAAUUACAAGAAUUAGAAUCUAUUUUGAAAGGACUUCAAGCUCAGCUAGAAUUAGGGCAAAGUCAACAAUUACAGAUUCAAAAGAGAUUAGAUGAUUUAUCUAGAAAACUUCAAACCUCCUCUCAAUCUUCUCAACUUCCACACAAUGCGGAUACCAUCAACAACAGUCCUAUGGAUCAUCACACUGCUGCCUCUCAAUCUACUGAACCGCAUUCAAGAAUGGAAAUCAUCAUGUUAAAACUUAAUCAGUUUGUCCGUCACUUUGAUGCCAACUUCGAAGCAGAUCCAAGUUUGAUUAACGUUGAUCAACAUCAAUACUCAAUAACAUUGAUCGAGAUUUUUGAAAUCAUUCAAAGAAAUAAAAUCAGUUCAACCGAAUUGAACAAGAAUAUUAAGUCUACUAGUAUUUCAGAAAAAGAAUUAGAAUUAAAAAAUUCUUUACAAAUCAAUCAAGAUGAAUGGAAAUCGAUUCAAGAUACUACAUUUUGGAUUAGAUCUUUGAUUCCUACUUAUAAAAAUGCUCAGAAUGCAUUAAGAAGUAAAUUAUCUCAUCUUGAUUCUUGGUAUGAAACCAUACAAAAGAAAUUCUAA